GUGAAUUGUCAUGAAAUGGUAUUUAAUGCUAUGUUAUUUGAAACAAAUAUUAACAGCAAUCCCAAAAAAAUUAUCGAUAUUAAAACAAACGAUAAUCAAAUACAAAAUCAGCAUUCGAAUAAAAAUUCAACCGAUAUUUCUUCCAUAAAUAAAAAAGACCUCUAUUCAUAUCCAAUAAAUCAAAAUAGAAAUAAAAAUAACAUAGAUAAGAAAUCCUUUAAUUCAUCAUUCAUACCGGCUAACCAACAACCACCAUCCGGGGGGGCGGUAAGUGGUUAUUUUGGCUUAGGCAUACCGAAAUCCCCAUCAUUUCAUAGUGGAUUAGAUCUAUUGGCCGAUGAUGAUGAUGAUAGGUCGGAUCUAAUGCAAGCCACAACUGAGUCGUCGACAACAAGUGGUGCUGCUGUUGGUGUUAUCGGUUGUAAAUUCAAAUUCACAAAUAUUGAAGAAAUCAAAGCAAAAUUAUCAAAUAGUUCCUCCUCUCCCAAAAGUGUUGUUACGAAAUUCUACAAUAAAAUGCCAACAUUGCAUGUUCAUGAUAAUAACAGUAGUAGUUCAGCAUUGAAAUCAUCAUCAACAUCAACAUCAUCGACUUCUUCUUCUCAUCAAUCAUCAUCUGCAUCAAUAUCACAAGUGUCAGCAUCUUCCGCAGUUAUUCACAGUGCAUCGGGUGGCAACAUUGUGCAGAACAAUACAAAUUCAUCGAUGGCCUCCUCGGCAUCCUCAUCAUCUGGCAGUGGUGCAACAUCAGCAACUACAAAUUCCAUAUCGUCUACAACUUCAUCAAUUGUUUCAACAUUGGCUCAACAUUUUAAUGCGGCCACAUCAGCUACACAACUAUUAACAACAGCAUCAUCGACACUUGGUGCAAAUAACAAGAGUCCCGUAAGUGCUGCUACUGCAAUUAAAAAUAUAUUAAACGCCACCAAAAAUGUGGGAAAUUCCGCUGGGGCCACACCUUCGAACAGUGUUGUCAAUAACACCACUCCCGCCACUCAAACUUCAUCGUCUCCCUCAUCGACAUCUUCACCAUCAGCAGCAACAACAACACCGGCAGCGACAUCAUCAUCUCCAUCUUCAUCAUCAAACAGUUCUUCGAGUAAUAAUAGCUCAGUAACCCAAUCAAUUGUCAGCGGCAUAAGUAUAUCAUUGGGAAUUGGCAGUAAUUCAUCCUCAAAUAAUUGUAAUAAAUCCAUAACGCGCAAUAAUGGACAUCCCACAUCACUUGUUACACCCCCAACAUCUGCUACCACUACUUCUUCUACUACGCCAGCAAAAUCACCCCAACAAAGUCCACCACAAGGACAUCAACAAGCAAAUGGCAUUACGGACGAUGGCAACAACGGCAAUGACGACGAUCUUACGCCAACCAAUAAUAACGGAUCAUUAGCCACACAAACCUUACAGCAAAUUUCCGGUAGCCCGGGUAGAGCUAGAGACCGCAAUGUAUUUCAUUCACCAAACUCAUCAUCUGCCGCAGUACAGUUACCAUUACUACGAGAAACUCCCGCCAAUGAACGCGAGGAACUUUUUAUACAAAAACUAAGACAAUGCUGUACACUGUUCGAUUUUUCCGAACCUUUAAGCGACCUAAAAUGGAAGGAGGUUAAACGUGCGGCCCUUCAUGAAAUGGUGGAUUUUUUAUCCAAUCAAAAUAAUGUCAUUACCGAGGCCAUUUAUCCGGAAGCAAUCAAUAUGUUUGCUGUAAAUUUAUUUCGCACUUUGCCGCCUUCAUCUAAUCCCAAUGGUGCCGAAUUUGAUCCCGAAGAAGAUGAACCAACCUUAGAGUCGUCAUGGCCGCAUCUGCAAUUUGUUUAUGAGUUAUUUUUGAGAUUUUUGGAAUCACCAGAUUUUCAACCUAAUAUUGCUAGACGUUUCAUCGAUCAUCAAUUCGUUUUGCAAUUGUUGGAUUUGUUUGACUCUGAAGAUCCACGAGAACGUGAUUUCCUUAAGACUGUUUUACAUCGUAUUUACGGAAAAUUUUUAGGUUUGAGAGCAUUUAUACGCAAACAAAUCAACAAUGUUUUCUAUAGGUUUAUCUAUGAAACUGAGCAUCAUAAUGGGAUAGCUGAACUAUUAGAAAUUUUGGGCAGUAUAAUCAAUGGAUUUGCUUUACCUCUCAAAGAGGAACACAAACAAUUUUUGCUCAAAGUUCUACUACCAUUGCAUAAGGCAAAAAGCCUCUCAGUGUAUCAUCCACAAUUAACCUAUUGUGUAGUACAGUUUUUGGAAAAAGAUCCCAGUUUAGCGGAACCAGUUAUAAAAAGCCUUUUGAAAUUUUGGCCUAAAACUCAUAGCCCCAAAGAAGUUAUGUUUUUGAAUGAACUGGAGGAGCUGCUUGAUGUUAUAGAACCAGCUGAAUUCCAAAAAGUAAUGGUACCACUAUUCCGUCAAAUUGCCAAAUGUGUCUCUUCGCCUCACUUUCAAGUGGCCGAACGGGCGCUUUACUAUUGGAACAACGAGUAUAUAAUGUCCUUAAUAUCAGACAACUCUCAAGUGAUUUUGCCAAUAAUGUUUCCUGCCUUGAAUCGCAAUUCGAAAACGCACUGGAACAAAACGAUACAUGGACUAAUUUAUAAUGCUUUGAAGCUGUUCAUGGAAAUGAAUCAACGUUUAUUUGACGAAUGUAGCAAAAAUUACCGACAGGAGAAGCAAAUGGAACGUGAAAAGUUGUCACAACGUGAGGGUCUUUGGCAACAAGUUGAAACUAUGGCUAAAAGUAAUCCCGAUUGGACCAAGAUAUGUGGUCAAAUGGACAGUUUAAGUAUUUCAAGUAGUCAAAAUGAAUUCGAUCAAGAUAAUGAUAACCUAGACCUAACCUAUAAGUUGGAUUACGAUGAUAGUCAGCAGCAACCGCAGCCAACACAGAACCAUACUAUAGUACAGGAAAAUCGUGAGAAAUCGCCACGUAAUAUGGAUAAACCAUUGCUUAGACGAAAAUCAGAUUUGCCCGCUGAUAGCGGAACUGUUCAUGCACUUAUUGAGCACAAAAGGCCAGAUGAAUAUUUAAAAACUCCUCCAGAUGGAAAUGCCUGUUAAAUUAUAUCAAAAAAAAAUUAAAUUAUGCAUGUCUAAAACAUGAUCAACAACUAGACAAGACGAGGGCUGCAUUGAGACAUGAAAAUGUUUCAAUUUACACCAAAUACAAAAUAAGAAAACAAAAACAUUUUUAGCAGCAGCACAACGCAGGCGUUAAAAGAAGACACACAAGACAAGUUGUAUAAUUAAGCCAAAACAACCAUAUAAAAAGCAGCAAUAUAUAAAUAUAAAAAAAAAACUUUUGUAUAAGCCAUGCACUUUUAACACAAAAAUACACAGAAAAAAACACAGUUUGCUUUAAUCAUGAAAUUACAAAGAUCUUCAAACCUCUUUUAGUCGAGACUGCGUAUUACCAAUUGUUAUCAUAGACAAAUGAAUGUUAACCUAGGGCUCCUACUUCAGCAUAAUUAUUUAUAAAAGUUUUAGGUUGAUAAAGCCUUUGUUAAUUGCGCCAUCAUAUAUGAACGUCUGCUCAAUUGAUGUUUUCCCCCCAUAUAUUAGAGCUUUUUGGAAAAGUUUCUAAAGGGUCCCUACAUUUUUUUGUCCAUGAUAUUUUUUUCAAUUAAUAAUAAAAUUAUUAUUUUUUAAUUAAAGAAAUAUACUUUACCUUGGAACGUAUUAGGUAAAUUUCAACAGUUUUUUGAAAAUUAAAAAUAUACCUAAUUUCCAAGCAAAUUGACAUGGUUUUUUUUCUUAAUUUCUUUUUUUAAACUCCUAUAUUUCUAAACAUUUUUUUCAUUUGAAUUACAUUUUUUUCAUUAACAAAAUUGUUUUUAAUUAGUUUUUCAACUUUAAAGAAUUGUCCAAUUGAAAAUCUAUUUGUAAGAGGUUUUUUUCUGUGUAUGUGUAUACACUUAAAUAAGUUUUGUUUUGAAUUAUAUCCAUUUAUCUAGUUUAUGUAUACCUUAUAAAACAAUAAUAUGCACGUGUUGCUAAAGAAAGCUUAAAUAUACAGCCCAUCUUUAGCUUUUAUCAAUAUACCAGUUCUAAAACGAUUUUAUUAUAUAUUUCUCAUAAUUUUUUACUAAGUACAGUGGUUAAGAAUUGAAGUUCAUUGUAAAAAAUUUCAUAACUUCCGUUCGGUUGGUAAUGUUUUAGCGCAGAGAAAUCGCUGAACUUACAGAGCAUAGGUGGGUAAUACUAUAUAGAAAAUAGGUACCAAGAGGAUGUAUACAAUGCUACAUUGUGUGAAGAUGAGAGGGACUUUGGUAGAUGCGGUAGAUGUCUAAACAAACAAUUUGAUAGCCCACACUGGAAAACAAAAGGUUUGAAAGAAUGAAGAUAAUCCAGGCGGGUUAUAGACAAAGAAGAUGUGCUAUAGUUUUUGGAGCCACAGGGCCUUGGGCAACCGCACCCUUUAGCUUUAGCCCUACAAAUACGGGUACUGGGCCCAAUUCUCUUUCUAUGAAAACAUGAAAUGAAAAAAUAUUCUCCUUUUCAUAAGAAAACAUUCUGACAAAAUGUCUUCGUUUUUGCAUUUAAGCCUAGUAUUGACUUUGAUUUUUCGCUCGAAAAGCUGUCAAAACACAUCAUAAAAAAAAUGGUGACGAAGAAAAUACGAACACAUUCCGCAGAAGUGAUGCUGAGUUCAUUGAGCAGUAUACAAGCGACAUAUCGCUGCGCAGAUACAAAUUUCGCUUCAAUUAUAUCAAAUGUAAUUAAAUGCCCACGAAUUGGGUCCAAGAAACUCUGUUUCAUCAUAGUUGCUCUUGUUGUGUGGCUUUGUUGGAUUUUUGUUUGUGUAAUGUCGUCCAAUAGAAUGGAGCACAUUUCACCAGUUUUCGUGUGAAUGAAGUUAGUACUAGGCUUUACUCAAAACAAGAAACAGAUAUGCUAUGAAAUCGUUAAAAAAAUACUCAUUUUGUGUUUUCAUAGAAAGAGAAGUGGGCCCCUGAUAAAGGGUGGGGCACAAUAAGUGAUUCCGUAGAAAAUACCCAUUCCAUUGGUGAAACCAUUCCAUUCCAUUGGUGAAACCAUUCCAUUCCAUUGGUGAAACAUUUCUAAUCAUCUGGUUUUCAUCACACCACGUUGCCUGGGACCCAGCACACCUUGACAAGAUGGGAUUAUAUCUCCGGCACUGUUUAACCUCUACCGCUCUCGUAUUUCACAUCCUCCAAACGGCAUUUAAAUCGUAUCGUAUGCCGACUAUUGCACGAUCAUGGCUUCGGGCUUCAUCUUUGAUGACAUCAGGGUGAGGUUUAACCACGAUCUUAUUGAUCUUGAAGAUAUUCGCCACCAAAUUUUUAGCCACACUGUUCAUUCGAUCAGAGUUGAAUGUGACCUCAUUCCAUAAGGAGUUGAAUGUGACAGUCGAAGGCGUUAGAAUUCCGACCAGCAAAUGCCUCAAAAUACUGGAUAUCACAUUUGACAGUCUUUAUAAAUCUUCCGCAAAUGCCACUUCAAUUUGUGACAAGCAAUUUGCCGGUCAAUGCAGCGACGAUGUGGACUCACCAUCUUGGCGACAAGCAGUAAAAUAACAUUCAGAUCUGUCAGAAUGCCGCUGACGCUAAAUACUGCGACGGAGUGUCUUCUCAGUUCUUAUGUGGACCACUCCCAACAGAAGACUAAGAUUCUUUCACAUGGCAUAUCUACACGCUGCCUAAGUAGUAUCUAAUUGGUUGCUAUCGCAGAGACCAUCCAAAUCACCAUCUAAUCACAGGCUAAGCUUCAAAGGUCAGAGACAUGGUUGGAUCUCUGACCACGCUUUGUUGUUGUUGUCGUAAUCACAUUUGUAUGUGGAGCUGACGAUCCUCUUUCAGUUCCAUAUACUUGGUUAACGUUAUAACCAUUGAUUAUUUAAAGCAAGAAUAACUCCCUUGUCAAAGUAUCAUAGGCACUCAAGAGUCGGUGCCGCGCGGUCUCUUACUAAGAUUCUUCACUCGAUAUCGUUGAUUAUACGCAACUGCAAUUGUAGAAUCUCCGGGAACACCACACAAAUCGGAGCUCAUAGUUCCGAGCCAUGGUAGCUGUUUACAGUUUCCAAGUAAACGGUAUCACUAUCGAUAGUUUCAUUUUUGAGUUAGUAUCGUUAGUUUUCAACAACAAUAUUUUUUUUUUAAUUUUCCCUUUUUUGAUAAUAAU